AGCUCUAACUGCGAAGCUAUGCAUGUGCUAUCCAGUUCAGUGCAAACAUGCAAGUGCAAGGAUGUAGGAGACGGACUACUCACUGCGUGCCACGUGGAUGUUACUGCUACCUGUCACCCUCACAGCCACGGUCAGCCAUGGCGGCCUCAAUACUCCUCUGAAAGCCUCAAUCAAUGGCGGAACCCGAUACUGAAAGAGCGCGAUUGAAAAUCUAUCACCUCUUCCAUAGAAAUUUCAAGUGAAACAAAGCGAUGGAAGAAGAAGAGCAACGCCUGGAGUUGAUCAGCCUCGCCAUUAGGAGGCUGCUUGAAGAGGACAGAAACAAGAACAAGAAAUCCUCUGAUCGGAGCUCCCUCGACGAUGGCGAUGAAAACGAAAACCGUACUCUCCUCCGCGACUUGCUCUCUCAGAUAGAGUCACUGAAAGAAGGAACAGAAUCAGAAGAGUUCGCUUCUGUUUUAGAUACUUUGAAAACAAAAGUUGAGAGUUCUGUUAAAGAGGAGAUUGUUGAUGAUGAGUGUAGUAGAGAAGACAUUGUUAAAGAGCUGAAGAAGCUGAAGAGGCAAAACCUUUUAACUCACUGUCUUCUCUCAGUGAUGAUUCUAGUAACUGUUGUUUGGCAGCUUUCUGAGGUCUCCAUUAUCUUGAAUGUAAAAGAUAAAAUCAGCCAUCCCUUUAAAUCUUUGGGCAAUUUGAUCUCAGGAGUCCUCAAACGCCCUAAAACCAUUGUUGAUAAUACAGAGAAGAAUUCAUCCAAACAAGAUCAUGAUGAAGCUUCAGUUCUUCCCCCUCUCAAAAUUCCAGAACUUCCUCAUGUGCGUUUGCAAUAAUUUUGGGUUUGAUGGGGGACAGAGAGUGAAGUUUCCAUGUGGUGAUGAUGAAGAAACAGGGAGAUAUUUGCUUGAAGGAAUCCCCACAUCCUGUAAUUAUUAAAUUUUGCUUGGUUUUGUGAAAUUUGCUAUGUGAUUUUGGUGGUCAAAGACUAUUUUUUUUGUGAAAUAAAAUACAGAAUUUUGAUCAGUACC